AUGGUUAAGAUCUGGCAGAAUAAAUACAUUGACAAGAUAGCUAUCUCAAUAAAAAUUAAAAUUAUUACUGCAUCUGAAAUUUAGAAUAAGAAAUAAAUGGUUAAAAGGCAUUACCUUAGCUAUAAUAGUAAUAAUCUUCAAAUCAACUCAAGUAAAAAGAUGAAGAUGAUUAAAAUCACUUGUUUCUAACAUUUCAGGAGCUUCAUUAAUACACACAUAAAACUGAAAAAAAUAGAGAGGAAAAGAAGAGUAAGAAAAUGA